AUGGCAUCUAUCUCACCUCUUUCCAUUAUAUCCACAAUCAAAAUUUCCCAUUCUUCUUCCAUGUAUCAAUUUUCACAAAAACAACAAAAAUCUUCUAAACAUAGAAAAUUACCAAGACGCCAAGUGAUCACAUUCAGUGGUAAUAUUAGUAACCAAAACAACCCUAAAGAAGAACAAGAACUACAAAACAUUGUUGUAGGAAAUAGGAGAAAUGUUCUAAUUGGCCUUGGAGGACUUUGUGGUACUUUCACCACUAACCCUUUUGCCCUAGCUUCUCCAAUAUCCCCACCUGACCUUUCCACAUGUGGUCCACCGGAUCUACCCUUAGGUGCAACACCAAACAAUAUUAAUUUUUUGAGGAAACCAAACAAUAUUAAUUGUUGUCCACCAAAUUCCACAAAAAUCAUAGAUUACAAAAUUCCUUCAUCAAAUCAACCCUUAAGGGUAAGACAAGCAGCAAAUUUGGUUAAUGACGAAUAUCUUCAAAAAUACAAGAAAGCCAUUGAGCUCACGAAAGCAUUACCAUCCAAUGAUCCACGUAGUUUCAUACAACAAGCAAACAUCCAUUGUGCUUAUUGUGAUGGUGCAUAUUCCCAAGUUGGUUUCCCUAACCUUGAUCUUCAAGUUCAUAACUCUUGGCUCUUUUUUCCUUUUCAUAGAUGGUACCUUUAUUUCCAUGAGAGAAUCUUGGGUAGUUUGAUCAAUGAUCCAGCCUUUGCUUUACCAUUUUGGAACUUUGACGCUCCUAAUGGCAUGCAAUUUCCCUCCAUAGAGAAUGUUCCACAUAAUACAAUUCAUACAUGGAGUGGUGAUAAUAGGCAACCUAACCAUGAAAACAUGGGAAAUUUCUAUUCAGCAGCAAGAGAUCCUGUUUUUUUCUCUCACCAUUCAAAUAUUGAUAGGUUAUGGUCUAUAUGGAAAACACUUGGUGGGAAAAGAAAGGAUUUCAAUGACAAAGAUUGGUUAGAAUCAGAGUUUCUUUUCUAUGAUGAAAAUAAGAAUCUCGUUAAGGUUAAUGUCAAAGAUUGUCUUGACACACAAAAAUUGGGCUAUGUUUACCAAGAUGUUGAUAUUCCAUGGUUAAAUGCUAAACCUACACCAUGCAAAAAAAUACAAAAAAAAGUGGAAGUUGCACAAGGAAAUAGUUUUGGUACUGGUAAAGCUCGUCUAAGUGAGAUCAAUGAGAACUUAACUAAUUCAAGAAACGAUGUUAAGUUUCCAUUGGUUUUGGAUAAUACUGUGAGUACAAAAAGGAGCAAAAAGGAGAAGGAAGAAGAGGAAGAGGUUUCAGCGAUUAAAGGGAUUGAGUUUGAUACGAACAUACGUGUAAAGUUUGAUGUGUUUAUUAAUGAUGAAAUAAGGUGGUUAAGCCAUUUAAUACGUGUAAAGUUUGAUGUGUUUAUUAAUAAUGAAGAAUAUUAAUAGUAGUUGCAGAUUUGGAUUAACGGACUUGCUGGAAGAUUUGGGAGCUGACGAUGAUGACAGUGUUGUGGUUACUUUGGUUCCAUGGUAAGGGAAAGGACUUGUUAAAAUCACAAACAUUAACAAGUCCUUGAAAGUUGAA